GUGGUGAUCACACGAAGACAUGGGAGUGACGGGUCUGUGGAGUGUCGUCGACGGUGUCGGACAUCCCAUCAAUUUAGAGACACUUAACAAUCAAGUGAUAGCAAUAGAUUUGUCUCUUUGGGUGAAUCAAGCGAUUAAAGGCUUUCGUCACCGAAAUGGUCAACCGAAUCAAACCGGUGUUUGUCUUCGACGGUAUGUGUCCUCAACUCAAGCGCAACACAAUCGCGAAGAGAGCCGAACNGUGUUUGUCUUCGACGGUAUGUGUCCUCAACUCAAGCGCAACACAAUCGCGAAGAGAGCCGAACAGAGAGUGAAAGCUGUGGACAAAUCUCGCGAGUCGUCGGUCAAAGUGUUGCACAAAUAUCUCUCGUCUCAACUCUCCUCGAGUGCUGCCAAACAGUUGCUGAGCAGUGAAUCGUUGCCAUCACUUGAAUCUUCGUUAUAUCCGAUGCCAGACAACAGUGACUUCAAGAUAUGUGAAGAGUUGAAUGAAUUGAAUGAGAGCGACAAGAAUGGCAGCGACGGUGACAGUGAAUCGGAAGACGAUUCCAAUCGGCCCGUCGCUCAUAGUUAUAGAAAUAUCCAGAAUUUGGACUUAAUUGAUGUCAAUUCCGAAGAAAUCAAAUCAUUGCCACUCGAUAUACGAUACGAAGUGCUGACGGAAUUGAAGGCUAAAUACAAAGGAUAUCGAAAUCAAGAGCUAAUGCCCACUGAAUCCAACGAUUUCUCCAAAUACCAAAUGCAGAAACUGCUGAAGAAACGCAAACUUCAGUCAAAAAUAGAGCAAACAAUCAGCGAAUUGAAUGGUCAGCACUCGGAGGAAGUGAUUGAGAAAUUUGAUAAAAAGGAUUUCUAUUUUGAGAGCCAAUCGACUGCCGGACGUCUCAUGUCGGAUGAAAACACACGGUUUGUGUUCAUUAAGAAAUCGCAGACAACUUCUUCAUUGAUGAGCACUGAAGGCAAGAAUCUUGAAACUAAAAUGACAGCAAUUACUGCACAGAUUCCCUCCACAUCCAAGUCUUCGGUGACUGAUAUCUUACACGAUAUUAAUUCUGGACAUUCAGACGAUAAAGAACUCGAUGUGAAUCCUAUAAACAAUGCGAAUAACUUUAUCACAAAUGAAUACGAUUUUAAUUCUGAUAUACCUUUUAAUGAAUUGCAUGAAACCAUUGAAAUAUCGGACGAAAGUGAUGUCGAAAGUGAUCAACAAUUAAAUGUAAAUAAUUGUAACAAAAAUGAGAUUAAAUCUAAAUCGUGUGAAAUUCAACCCCCAAUUGACUCAAAUCUCUUCACCAAAAUUAAAACAGUGAUUGAAGUGAGUAGUGAUUCAGAUAAUGAUUUUGUGGAGGUUUACCCGCCAUCUGACAAUUCUCUGUGCCAAUCACUGGAUUCAAGUUUGAAAGAAACGGAAACUUUAGAAUUAAAUCAAAAGAGUUCACAACUUAUAGAAGAAGACGACAGUUUUGACAGUUUCAAUGGAUCCGAUGAUAUCUGCAUUGAUUUUAACACUCAAACGAUGUCUCUUCCAGAGAAGAAUCAAUUUAGUGUUGAAACAGAGAAAACGCCCAAUCAAUCGGAACCGAGUUCUUCGCAAUCGAUGCCUUCCGAUAGUAUUUCACGCGAAGAACUAAUGGAAUCGAUUCGUGAUGUGAAUAAACAGAAUCGUAUGGCAAACAAAACCACUGACACAAUGAUGUCUGAUUGUCAGGAAUUGUUGAAAUUGUUUGGCAUUCCGUUUAUUGUGAGUCCAACAGAAGCUGAGGCGCAAUGCGCUGCUCUCGAGAUGUUAGGUCUGACCGACGGUACCAUCACUGACGACAGCGAUGUUCUUCUGUUCGGCGCUCAGACGGUGUACAAGAAUUUCUUCACUUCCAGUAAAUUUGUUGAACUCUUUAAGAGCGUUGAUAUCGAGUCCAGAUAUGGAUUGAGCCGUUCGUCAAUGAUUUGCAUUGCAUUGCUUUGUGGCAGUGAUUAUACGGAUGGCGUCGACGGUGUGGGAGCCGUCACCGCCGCUGAGAUAUUAAGCGAAUUUCCAGGCAAUGGACUCAAACCACUCGUCGAUUUCAAGGAUUGGUUGACAUCUAAACAGAAAUGCAAAGACAAACGACCGGAGAAUUCAAUUCGAGCCAAAUUCUUAAAGAUUCGUCUCAACGACUCGUUUCCCAAUCGAGUCAUAUUCGAUGCAUAUAUGAGUCCAACGGUCGACAAUUCAAAGGAGAAGUUCUUGUGGUCAAUGCCUCAACUCGAAGAACUCAGACGUUAUGCGAGCCUUAGGUUUGGCUGGAGUUCAACCAAAACUGAUUCCAUUCUUUUGCCAGUAUUGAAGAAAGUAAAUGAAAAACAAAGCCAAAUGACAAUUGAUAACUACUUCAAAGUUCAGGUACAGCCGAAAGACACAGCAAUACUAAGCAAACGAUUGAAUACAGCGAUCAAUAAAUUGCGAGGAAAAGAGUCCGAAUCGACGGCCAAUCCAUUGGUUCCCAACAAAACGAAUUCAUUGUCACAGAAAGUAAAAAAUCAAAGAACGAAACGGAAGGUUAAUGUGAAUAAAAGCAAACCAAUUGCCAGAGGAAAGAAAGUUCUCAAAUCGACUGCAAGACAUCAAACGCCACAAGAAGUUAAUUUGUCCGAAAGUAGCACUGAUUCCGAGUAAUUCAUACA